UUAUAAGCGCGAAUGUAAGGCCCACAAGUAUUCAAUCGUCUUUGCCUUUUCAGCGCAUAACCAACAAGAAUCCUAUACUAGCAACAUGGUGUCGUUUGAGGAAGCAACUGAACUCGCCAAGAAGUUCACCAAGAAGCCCACCGAUGCCGAGUUCCUGGAGUUCUACGGUCUCUUCAAGCAGGCCACCGUUGGCGAUGUGAACAUCGAGAAGCCCGGCGCUCUGGCUCUGAAGGAGAAGGCCAAGUACGAGGCCUGGAGCUCCAACAAGGGUCUCUCCAAGGAGGCCGCCAAGGAGGCCUACGUGAAGGUGUACGAGAAGUACGCCCCCAAGUACGCCUAAUCCGGCAUCCAAUCCAAUUCGAUACAAUUCGAUUUGAUUCGAUCAGAUUCCGGACCCCCCAUGCACCUGCCAUCACUACUAUUUAGUUGAACAAUAAAGAUUACCAGAGAUAUGAGCAAUAA